GCCCGCACGCAGUUUGCGCGCAGCAGGAUAGACAGGCGCAGCGCAGACCACACCCGCCUCGUCCGUCCGGCCGUCCCAUCCACACGCAGUCACGCACCCAGAAGCAAAUGGAAAAAUAAACCAACCAAGCCUGCUCGGUGCUCGCAUCGCUAACCCUAAACCCCCAAAUCUCCCACCUCCCCCGAUCCCGAUCUCGGCGCCGCCCGGUGCCGCCGAGCGCUGGGCCCGCCCCGCGGGCCGCCACCGCCCCACGGCUUCCCCGAGAUAUUUGGGUUUGAAGCCACGGCAAAUAAUACUUCUAUUUGAGAGGAGUUUCUGGAGUUUUUGAAAGGUGGUUUCACAAUGGAGUUCUCAAAGCAAGGCCAAGCAUCCAUGCCAAACAACUUGGGAUCUCAACCAGUGCCCUCUUCAAAUGUCCAAUCUAAUCAAGCAGAGUAUGCAUCUGUGUUUUAUCCAUCAUUGCCUGGUGACUGGGGUUCACAGCCGAUGUUCUCUGUGGGAGCUUCAGUACCAGUUAGCUCAUAUUAUAUUGUCCCCAUGAGUCAACAAUCAGUCCAAGUAGGUGCUUCCAGGCCAGAGGUUGCACGUCCAUUGGGGGCACAACCUUUACUAAGUAGAGUAUCAUUAAGGCCACCCCAACAAGUUUUAAAUAUUCAAACAUCUUUGCCAGCGAUGAUUGGAUCACAACCCUCGCCGUCCACUGUGGGCAGGAAAUCACAACAGACAGUUGCUUCUCCAAAGGUUCAAAUGCUGAAAUCUCCAUCAUUCCAGUCAUCUAAUAAACGUUCUGCACAGAAGGAGCCACCAUCAAAGGUCCAACCCCAGCAACUUGAAUCUGUAAGGUCCAAGUUUAGGGAGUCACUUGUCGCAGCACUGAGGUUGGAUUCUGAUCAGCUGAAUAAGAGUCAGUCCCCUGAUAAUAUCCAACCUGAUGGGUCUGCAGACAAGUUGAAACCGGCAGAAGGAGAUGCUGCGCAGGAUCCAGUUUCAACCAUAUCUAAAGAUGUGAGCACAGUGAAUUCAGAUGUAGCCCCAACUGUAGCUCCGAAGAGAUGCGAGGGAGAUGAGAAGUUAAGCAGUGAUUUAGUUUCAAACAUGAUCGCGAGCGUAAAUGGUGACAUGCAACAACAGUCAAAUCUUGUUUCUUCAGAGGAUGAAUUAUUGGGUCAAUGUAUGGUUGCAGAUGAACUUUUGCAAGGUCACGGCCUUAGUUGGGUUUCUGAUCUUGAUGCUGGGAUUUCUGAACCUAUUGCAGAAUCUAAUCUAAAAAGGCCGCGAACUUCUGAUGACCCUGGUGCUACAGAAUCUCUAGUAGAGUCUGAGUCAAAAAGAAUAAAGUCUGAAAAUGAGUUAGCAAUAGAUAAAGAAAGACUCAAUCGAAAGGCUGAAGGUUUGGCGUUUAGAAUUGAAGAGGAGCUGUUUAAACUGUUUGGUGGAGUAAAUAAGAAGUACAAGGAAAAGGGUAGAUCUCUUUUGUUUAACUUGAAAGACAAAAACAAUCCUGAGCUAAGAGAGAGGGUAUUGUCUGGAGAUAUUGCACCUGAACGCCUCUGUUCAAUGACUGCAGAGGAACUCGCCUCUAAGGAGCUCUCAGAGUGGCGGUUGGCCAAGGCUGAAGAGCUUGCACAGAUGGUUGUCCUUCCGAACACCGAGGUUGAUCCUAGGCGUUUACUUAGAAAAACUCACAAAGGAGAGUUCCAAGUUGAAGUAGAAGAACCAGAUGGUAUCUCAGUGGUGGUUGAGCUUGGGGGCAACCUUACUAAUAUUCCAUCGAAAGCUGUAGAAGAUCAGACCAAGUCUAAUGAAAAAGCAAAUAUAGAUGGUAAAGAAGGUGUUCAAGAAAAAGAUAAAGCAUCUGAUAGCAGUUCACAAGAUGAGGAUGGUGGGACAGGCAAUAAUGAUAUGUCAGGUGAUCUAGAAUAUAUCGAUAAUGAAAAAACAGAUCUCAUGCAGGAACUUAUUUUGGAUGACAUGAAGGACACAGAAAAUCUUCCGCCAAUUCCUUCGUUAGAUGAAUUCAUGCAGGGCUUAGAUUCUGAGCCACCUUUUGUUGAUCUCUCAGUUGGGACCCCUCAAGAAGAUGGCAACGACUCUGAGGAACCUGACACUACCUUGGAGCCUGAGGAACUUCCAGAGACAGAAGAUAAGGCUUCUGCACCAGAGAAGUCUGCAUCUGAAUCUGAUAAGCCAGCUGCGCAGGAUAACAGUGAGCCCAAGUUAGAGUCACCAGGGCAUGCAGCGGUUCCAAAUUCUGAUCUCACUGAACCAUGUGAGGGAAAGCUGAGCAAAUCCUCCCCUGGUAAAGAUGAAGCUACGAAAACAGCUAGUGAUAAUGUCUCUAAUUCUGAUUCUGUUCUUAACACCAAGGCAACCAAUAUUCCUAUGAUACGCGAGAGCAUAUGGGAGGGUGCAAUCCAACUGACUGUGUCUUCACUCUCUAAUGUUGUUGCCAUCUUCAAAAGUGGUGAAAAGCCAUCCUUAAAAGAUUGGCGUAGCUUUGUUGAGAUUAAGGGGAGAGUUAAACUUAGUGCUUUUCAAGAGUUUGUUGAACAGCUUCCCAAAUCUAGAAGUCGCGCAAUAAUGAUAACUGAACUGUGUUGGAAGGAGGGUUCUCCGGAGAGUGGUCGCCAACAUAUCUUGCAGACUAUCGAUGCAUAUAUUUCAGAUGAGAGAGUAGGAUUAGCUGAACCUGCUGAAGGAAUAGAGCUGUACCUGUGCCCUCCUCAUGGGAAAACUGUGGAGAUACUCUCUCGACACUUGCCAAAGGAGCACCAGGAGAGCCUUGCUGUGUCAGGAUCAUCCUUCAUCGGAGUCGUCGUGUGGCGAAGGCCCAACAUUCCCAGGGUACCCACCUCCCACCACAGGCAUGAUGGUUCCAGGAGGCAGUCAAUCCUAAGGAAACCACAGGUUACAAACCCGGCUGCUCGGCCCUCCCUGCCUCUCAACUCAUAUGGUGCACCACCAGGCUUUCCGAACCAGCGCCACUACCGCGAGGAAGAUGUAACUGAUGAUGUCCCUCCGGGCUUUGGCCCUGGUGUUGCUAGGGAUGAGGACGAUCUUCCUGAAUUUAAUUUUGUUAACUCGUCACACCCUGCUGCUAAUGUAAGUGCGCAUGCCUACAAGGGCCGGUCGCAUGUACCGCCUCCCUCUGCUCGCCCAUCAGAGCAGAUGAGGGAACUGGUUCAGAAGUAUGGUAAAAGAUCAUCUGUUCAGGCCCACCGCUGGGAUGACGACGAUGACGAUGACAUACCAGAGUGGAACCCCACCCAGGCCACCCACCAGCAGCCGAUCAGGCAGCCGCCGCUGCCUGCCGCCCCGCAGCAACUGCCGUUGCCUCCACCGCCUCCCGUCCAGCAGAUGCACCCGUACCACCAGCAGCAACAGCAGCAGUACCAUGUCCCUGGUGCAGUGCAGCCUCAGGUGCCCAUCUCUGCGCUGCCCCAUGCCUACCUCCGGACCCAGCAGCAGCAGCUCCAAUCUGGGCAAGCCUGGCAGCAGACAAACAACGCCUGGUGGCCGUCGCAGGGUGCUGCCGCUGCCGCCCCUGCGCCGGUGACCAACAUUGUACAGCAACCCCAGUAUGGUGUAGUGCCCGGCAGUGGCGGCGUCCAGGGCUACGACGCUAGUGGCGUUAGUGGCAUGGCAUGGAGGCCGAGAUAGUAGAAACAGUGUAAAAUUCAGCGUCCGUUGUAGGGUGUUUUUUCCUCAAUACUCUUUUUUUUUCUUGGCUGGCUGGUCAUGUAAGUAUCAGUGGUGCACACCCGUGCAAAGGAUGUAAUCUGGAUUAGACUGAAAGCUGCUGGUUGUUUUCGUUAGCUUAUAGGACUUUCUGCCGCCGUCUUGAACAGUAGUUGCUCUUACUUUUUCAGCCUGUGCUCGUCUGUAGGCACAGCAAACAAACUUUUGAAUAAUGUUCCGCAGAAGUAAAACUUUUAAACCUGUUAAAGAUUCAAA